AUGUCUACAUCCGGUUCGCCUGUGGGGGAGCAACGGCAACAGGCCUCCCCAAUCCCACUCCCACUCCCAAGGAUCAAGUCUGAUGACUCUUUCGUGGAAGUUGUAAAGUCUCUGUCGGUGUAUUUCGUUGAUGAAAUCACGAUGCCUUCUACAUUCGAGCAACUACGAACUACAAGUGCCGAAAACAAGUUACGAAUAUUGAUUGACCAUUUGGUUGACAGUGUUCACAAUCCAGUUUUGAUCAAUUCUCUAUUAAUAUUGAAAUGGCAUUUCUCUACCCUCGAAGGAGAUGAGGAUGAUCGCAAACUCAACGAUACUCGAGCUCACGCAUGCGAGAUAGUUGCCUGGAGAUUUCUCGCCAGAAUAUCCGAACGAGAUGCCGUGGACUUCUGCUUAUACGAACUGCCGGCAGUGUCAAAGCCAGCGGGCGAAUCGAGCGAGUCGGGCACCCCUUCUGCAUUGGAUCUCAAUGAACGAUCAACUCUAUUACCCCAGUUCCGUGCUCAGGAUGUACCGAUUCCUACGAGACCCGGUAGCAGACGAGCCGAACUCCUGCGAUCAAUUUCUCACAUCAAGAUCUCGGGCCUCACGGCCGAUGAGGAUGAGGAUGAGGAUGAGGAAGAUCCUACGACCUCCUUCACCGGUCUAAACGGACUCGAAAUUGCCGCAGUGGCAGACUGCAAAAGGUUUCUCAGCCAGGGGAUCGUCCAAAAGAUUAUCACCGGAAUCUGGAACGGAGAUAUAAUAUUCUGGGACGGCCUGAACGAGAAGACCUUGAAGAAGCCACAAUUCUACAGAAAAAGUCAAUCAGACCCAUUUACUCGAUUACGAGUACCACGAUACAUCAAGGCAUUCGAGAUUGCUUUCUUUGCAACCUUUUUGAUUAUCUACUACGCUGUUUUCAUCGAGCAAAAUCCAUACGAAAUCACGUUCCUUGAAGUGCUUCUAUAUUUCUGGUUUGCAGCCUUCGCCUAUGAUGAAUUGAGCGAAUUCAUCGAUGCCGGUUCAAUCUUUUAUGCUGUCGAUCUUUGGAACGGUUGUGAUAUCGUCAUAAUAUUGAUCGGAGUAGCAUUUCUUAUCUGCAGAGUCAUAGGUUUGGUCAAGGAUGACCACCAUAUUAUUGAUACUGCAUUCCAUAUUCUGUCCCUGGAGGCAUUGUUUAUGGUUCCUAGAACAUUUUCGAUUUUGAGCUUGCACCCGUAUUUCGGGACUCUAAUCCCUUGCUUGAAAGAAAUGGUAAAAGACUUCGUCAAAUUUAUGGUAGGAGUAGUGCUACUUCUGUACAUUGGCUUUCUCAGCACCUUCACGAUUCUCGCCCAGGAUUCCUUCACUCCAAUAGAAAUGAGUUGGAUAUUGAUCAAAGUCUUUCUUGGCUCGAAUUACCUUGGAUUCGACAUCACGGCCGACAUGGAUCCUGUGCUUGGCCCCCCUCUAAUGCUGAUCUUCGUCUGUAUGACCAGCAUCCUCCUGAUCACAAUCUUGAUCGGUAUUCUCAGCGAUACCUACUCGAAGGUGAUGGCACACGCUCGCGACGAAUACCUCUUCGUAUACUCCGUCUACGUCCUCGAAGCAUCCACCAGCAACCGCCUCACGCACUUCUACCCACCUCUGAACCUCAUCCCACUGAUCCUUAUCCGGCCCCUUCGCCUCUGUCUCCCAGCCUCUCAUCUACGCCGAACCCGCAUCAUGCUCCUCAAGAUAACUCACGCCCCUAUCGUUGCCUGCAUCUGGCUUUUCGAGCGCAUGCACGAGCGCGUCAACAAGUCCGGCGCUGACGCAUUUUCCUCCACAGACCCCCAACAUACCUCGUCCAAGACCAAAUCAAAGAAGCAAAAGCCAUUCUUGUCAAAAGCGCAACUUAGCGAUAACAGGAAUUCCCUGGCUGUCUUUGAUGGAGCUGCGAGUCCAGGGGAGGAGUAUGAGAGGGGUAAAAAGGAGGAGAGUUUAGCAAGGGAACGCGUGCUGGAGGAUAGAGUUGCGGAGCUGGAGGUUAGAAUUGCAGUUUUGAGUGCCAAGAAUAAGGAGUUGAGGACGUUGAGUGCCAAGAGUGCCCAGAUUGAAGAGUUGAAAGCGUUGAUUAUCGCGGGGCAGGGGACGGCUAAUAACACUACAGUGUUGUAA